AUGUCGGGUUCCGUCCCCGGAAGGCCGCCAAAGCUGCUUUCCAAUGCCUGCUUGUUUUGCAAAAAACGAAAGAGAAAAUGCGACGGAGCACAACCAUGUGCGACGUGCAUCAAGUAUAACAAUGCUGAUGGCUGCGAAUACAGUGCCGAGAACGAUCGACGAAAGAAGAAAUACGACUCGACUCACAUCGACUAUCUGGAGGUCAAGGCCGACCUCUUGGAGCUUCAUGCUGCUAAUCUCAUUAAGAGAACUGAGUCACUGAAAGAUUUUGAUCUCAGCUCGAUUCUCCCGCAACCGCCGCAGCUGACUCAAAAUAAUGACUUUUCUCAGUUGGGAGAUAUGGGAAAUCACUACACCAACAUGAACGCUCUGGAGGAAAUUGUCUCAACCGCAUGGAAGGUGAGAAAGCAAGGAGACAAAACAGAGUUCUACGGGCCGCUUUCGGGACGGCAGGGCGUCGCUGAGGAUGGGGACGAGAAGUUUUUGAAUCCGGAAACUGAGCUGCUGGACAUAAAUUUUUGUUCACCAGAGUUUCGAGAGCACCUCUUUAACGUGUUUGAAGAGAACUUUGGCCAGUUCUUCUACGUUUCUCAGCUGACACUGGACAUGGUACGAUCCUUACCGUAUCCAUGUGUGCAACCAGACCACCAGUUGUUGACCUGCUCGAUUCUUGCUUAUGCCUCGGCUUAUGUCAGACCCUCCAUCACACAUGCGUUUCUUGAAAGUGCUGAAAACGCAGCAAUCACUGCGUGCAAAGAAGCUCUGAAUGAGAACACCUUACAGGGACUGCUUAUAUUGUCAUGUUUUGAGCUUGGGAUGGCCCACGAUUCAAGUUCUUGGCUGUUUGAUGCCAUGUGUGCUUCUCAGGCUCAAUACAUUGGUCUUCAUACUACUGAGAGGUCCAUGAAAUCGAGUGUCCCAACAAGUGUAGUGUCCACAUCGCCACUGAAGAGCGCGCUUUUCUGGUCAAUCAUCUUGCAGGACAGAUUUAUCACUACUGUGUUGGGUCGCGGCUGUAGAAUUCAAUAUUUCAGAAUCCUGACUCCAUUCUAUAGCCCGAAAAACUCGCCGGAGAACUUCGACAGAUAUAUAAGCGAGCUGACAUUCUCCUUCCACUCCAGGCUGUGGUACCUUCAUGAUCGAUCCACUCAACAGAUAUACUCUUUCCGAGCCGACUAUCUGCACAAUUCCCAUCGACAAAUGCUCCUGGAGCAAGGUUUUUCCAAUCUUCGUGCGCUUUACGAAUCAUUUCCCGAUGCAAUUAUGCUCAAGCCCGUGACAACAGAUAAACGGAUUCUUCUUUUGCAUCUAUCGUAUUAUGUGGUGCUGCUGCUAUUGCACAGGUCCUAUCUUAUUCAAAACCCCAAGACCAUCAUUGAGCUGAUGGUCAAGCUAUGCACCUCGGCAUCUAAGGUUACCGAAAGAUAUUCUGAACUUCACGGUUUCAAUAAUGCUCCCUACUUUGUCGGAUACCUCCUAUUCCAAUGUGCCAUGUUCGACUUGUUUAUUCUGGCGAACAAAGAUGAGUCGUUCCAAGCAGCGGCAAACUCACAAUUUGUGAAAUUUGUGACCGCUUUGAGCGAAUAUGCAGAUGUGUGGACCCGGGGAAUAAAGGAUAUUAAAGUUCUGGACAAUCUUGCUAAACAGUGGAAUGUAAGUGUUCCUAUUCUUGAUGAGUUGAGGCAGGGAAGUCAACCGCCACCUGAGACCGUGAUCGCUCAGAACGAUGUCUACCAAAACUAUCUUACAGCGGAAAUGGAUCGAGACUUUGCAACGGACGCGCCUGUCCUCGACAUCUACAACAUACCCACGUUUCUUGAUAGUUUUGAUUUCGAAUUUGCAUAG